AUGUUUUAUUCCUCUACUUUCCUCUCUUUUUCUCUAUCAAUGUUAUUUAGUUUUUCCUUUUCGUUUCGUCAUCCAUUCUUUUUCUCUCCCUAUUACUACGUGCUUCUUUCAAUCUAUUUUUUUAACCCUUUCUCACUUUUCUUCUUUUCUUUUCUCUUUCUCUUUUUCCUUCAUCCUAUCUAUCUCUUCCUUCCUUCCUUCCUUCCUUCCUUCCUUCCUUCCUUCCUUCCUUUCUUUUUUUUCUUUCUCUCUCUCUUUUUCCACUCUCCCUAUCUCUCUAUCUUACAAUUUUUGACUCCUCUCUACUACAGCCUAUCAUUUUCUCUCUCUGAAACCCCUCCCUCCCUUACUAUUUCCCACUUUGUUUUUUUUUCAGUUAUUUGCUUUUGCAAUUCCAUCUCACUUUUCUUUUUUUUAUUCCUAUCUCUCUCUGUUUCCCCCUCUUUGUCGUGCUUCAACUCCCCUCUAAACAAAUCUUAUUUUCUCCUCUCUUAUUGUUUUAAGAGUCUGUCUUUCUCUUUUUUACAUUCAUUUUUUCUCUUUCGUUCUCUUUUUCCUGCGCACUAUUUUUCUUCACACUCUCGCUUAUCCUUUUUCCUUCUCUCUCUCUCUCUCUCUCUCUCUCUGUUGCCUCAUCUAUCGUUCUCUUUCUUUCACUCUCUUGCUGGCAGACUCCAGAAAAGAUUCCAUCUUGACCGACCACCAUUACAAUAG